AUGAGAGCUCCAAAUGUUUUCUUAACCAUCAUAGCCAUAAUUUUUGUUGUAAAUACUAAACCCUACGAAGCUGCAAGAAUUCUUGAUAAAGAAGAACAACAAUGGAUGAAAAUGGGGCAUCUAGUAUUGCCAUCCUUGCAGAGGCGACCCGUUCGCCCUCCUUCGCCAAAUGGCUGCACAUGGGUGGGCGGCAGCGGUGGCAGGCCAUGCCGGAGCUCUGUCAGCGAGAAGAAUUUUGCAGGGCGUAAUGUGGCGGCGCCUCCACCACUUGCAGCUGAUAAUGCCUAUCCAGAGCAAAUGGUUCAGUUUGGAAUGGCUACUAAUCGUAAAUAA